CUCCUCUUUCAUUGAUGUCCUCUGGACAGACAGGAUGGCUCGGGACAUGUCGGAUAAAGACAUCCUAAAGAUGGAGCUGGAUCAGCUGAAGCUGGAAGUGAACACUCCUCGAAUUGCGGUCUCAACAACGGCCCCAGAGAUCAUCGCGUUUGUUGAGGGGUUGUCUGCUGAAGACCCGCUGGUCAAAGGUGUCCCAGAAGACAAGAACCCUUUCAAGGAGAAGGGUGGAUGCAUUAUUACAUAGCAGUGGCCCUGGAGGCACCAGGGCUCUGUUCAAUAACUAGUUUUGUAUAAAACAUCAAUAUUUGUACUAGAAACUAGAUUUUUUUUAGUUUUGGAUACUAUACAGAAGACGCCCUCAUGUCAUUCAAUACCUCUUGUGAUAUGAUGUUACCUGUGUCUUUCUAAAAUAAACUCAUUAGCAAUUUAA